CACCUCCGCCUUCAUUUUGCAGCGUUGCUUCAUUUCAAGGCCUCGCCAUGGCCACGCCCACUGAGCCUCUCAUGGAGACUCUGUCUUCGCCCACUCCACCUCGCAGGGCACGUGAAGGAGAAGGAUUACAACAGUACUACAUAGCAGUCGAUCGGCAAAAAUUUAAGAUGGUGGCUACGCACAGGUCCCUUAGCAGCGAAGUAGUUGCAGUAGAAUUCUGGGUCGUUAAUGGGAAGAGCAAAAUCUGCGCACCUUCUGCUUGGGCUCAUUUCCUGUUAAACUGGAUUCAUCUCGUCUUGAUCAUGUAUCUAAGACCUUCGGUUUCAUUGUAAGGACACGUUUGUUCAAAUGCUGUUAGUGCUGGGACGAAGGGCUAGCCUGCCGAUCGCAAUAUGUUGCAGCGCUCGCGACAGCCUGGAUGCUGUCUGCGCCAGGAUCUCUGCUGCUCAGCAAUUCUCCCUUCUAUUCCUGCAUAGUGAUCAGGGAGACUCGGAGCGAGCUGUGGUCCUCAGUAACUUCCACGCUAUUGUUCGAGACUGGAACCAUGGUAUUGUUAAGAGCAGCGUCUCCAAGCUAGAGGGUGACGACGAUGAAAAGGUCGAAGCAAAGAAACCAGGCAUUUUGGUGACAACUGAUGCUUGUUUGCCAUCAGCAACAUUAGGAGAACCCUCUCUUGGCGCUCGCGUUCUCAUCCAUUACGACUUGCCUGCCAAGAAGGAAGCAUAUGUGAGGAGGAUGUCUGCAUGCUUAGCAAAUGCACCAAUUGUUGUUGGUGCUCCGAAUUCCGGUGGCAUCGCAGGUGGCAUUGUGAUCAGUGUGGUUGUGGGAGGGGAAGUGGGUUUGCUCCGCAGUAUUGAGGAGGGCUGUUGUGUGACUAUUGAGGAGAUGCCUAUUCAUAUCUCAGAGCUACUGUAGAGCGCUUGUAUCAAUGGAGGGAGCGAGUCCAUUGUCUGAAAAGUAGACAGGAUUGGAUGGACCCAUCACUGAAGGUUUUGUAUUUUUAUCUUCUUCAUCUUUGUUUCUGAAUAAUUAUGGUCGAGAUCGCACCUACGUAAGCAACAGGUGUUGGCACCAGUUUUCAAAUCCUUGCCUGACAUUUCAAACCUUCGUUCUCCGAGUGGAAGCUAUGCUAAGGUACCCUAAUUGCAAUAUCUCCUCACUGCAAUAUCUUGGUAAAAGUUCACAUGUAUUUUUUGACAGAGUUUAGUUCAAAUUUUAUAUUAUAAAAUUUAAAACAAUCCAUAUAAUGUUUUGAAUGUGUGUGUGUUUAUAGUAGUUGAAAUAGACUUUUUAAAUAUACCUUCACCAGAUAGAAUGUAUGAAAUAGCGCAGAGGUGACCACAGUAGGAUUAAUGUUCACAAACCUUAAUUUAUCAUGUUAUAUAUUCCAUAGAUUGUGCA